UGUCUUCAUAACUUAUGAUGUUUGGGGAAUGGGAGGGCAAGUCUUCGUAAACGCCACGUUGGAAGUGUUGACAGGGGGUUGAUUGCAAAUUAAAAGACAUUUGAGUGAUUGCAAGUUGGUGUGUUGUAGUCUUAGUUGUAAAAUUCAAAGGUACUCCUUAUUGUUGUGUUUCGCUGAAGCUGCCAAGAUGAAGGUGAAGGAAAUCGACAGAACAGUAAAUGUUGCCUGGUCUCCAGCAACUCAAUAUCCAAUUUUGUUGGCUGCUGGUACAGCAGCUCAGCAACUUGAUUCUUCAUUUAGUACAUCUGCUGCAUUAGAGCUAUAUUCUCUCAAUUUGGGUGAACCAGGUCUAGAUAUGGAUCUCAGAGUGUCAGCUCCUAGUGAUUACAGGUUCCAUAAAAUUGCUUGGGGUGCAUAUGGACCUGCCCAUGAAAAAGGAAGUGGUAUUAUUGUGGGAGGUUGUGAUGGUGGUCGCAUUCAGAUAUACAAUGCUUCUAAAUUGUUGUCUGGAGAGGAUGGUCUUAUUGUAUCCCAGGAAAAACAUACUGGUCCAGUACAGGCACUAGAUUUCAAUCCAUUUCAGAGUAAUUUGCUGGCUACUGGUGCUUCUGAGUCAGAAAUAUUCAUCUGGGAUCUUAAUAAUGUUUCUACCCCAAUGACUCCUGGUGCUAAAGCUCAACCUCCUGAAAAUGUUGUUUGUAUGUCAUGGAAUCGACAAGUUCAACAUAUUCUUGCCUCUACAUUUGCUCAACGUUGUGUGGUGUGGGAUCUUCGAAAGAAUGAACCAAUUAUAAAACUCAGUGAUGGGACAACGAGAAUUCGAUGGAAAGUUGUUGCAUGGCAUCCAGAAGUUGCAACACAGAUGUGCUUAGCUUCAGAAGAAGAUCAGAGUCCUGUUAUUCAGCUGUGGGACCUCAGAUUUGCUACUUCACCCCUUAAAGUAUUGGAAGGUCAUCAGCGAGGAGUGUUAUCAAUUGCUUGGUGUAUGCAGGAUUCAGAACUGCUUGUCAGUUGUGGAAAAGACAAUCGAAUUUUGUGUUGGAAUCCAGAAAGUAGUAAUCCGGGAGGGGAAGUAGUUUGUGAUGUUGCUACCACUAACCAGUGGAAUUUUGAUGUCUCAUGGUGCCCUCGGAAUCCUGCCUUGAUAGCUGCCUCAAGUUUUGAUGGACAUAUUGCUGAUUCUUUCCCUGGAAUGGAAGCGUAUGCCCAAGCUCCUGUAACACAACAACAUCAGGUUCCAGUAGAUUUACGAAAACCACCAAAGUGGCUUCGAAGACCUGUUGGAGCUUCUUUUGGUUUUGGUGGCAAAUUGGUGAUAUUUGAGAAUGCGACAGCAGCUGAAAUAGCUGCAGCUGGUGGUGGACCACCCAUGAGAACUAUUCGUGUAAGCCAAGUGGUGACAGAACCGGAGCUUAUUCAGCGUUCGACAUUGCUUGAGUCAGCUUUGCAAAGUGGACAGUACGUUGAGUUUUGCCAAAAUAAAAUCACACUCAGCACAAAUCCACAUGACAAAUAUGUGUGGAGUUUUCUUCGAGCAAGUUUCAGUUUGAAUCCGCAGACUGAGCUUUUGAAUCUUCUUGGUUUUAAGCAGGAGGAGUUAAAUGCAAAGCUGAACAGGUUGUUAGGCAAACCUGCCAACGCCAGGCCAGACCCAGUGGAGAAUCUAAGUGAUGGAGUUGCUGGUUUGGGCAGAGAGAAUGAAUCAGGGGAUGAUGAUGGUUCAGAUGAUUUGCAGAUAAAUUCUGGUUGGGCACCGGAUGGUGAUGCUAGUGCUGCCUUUGAUGCCAUUGCUGCAGAGAACCAGUUUAACAACAUUGAUGCCAAACCACUUCCUCCCCUGAAAAUUCCUGUUGGUGAUGAUACUGAUGGCUUGAUAAGUCAAGCUUUACUCCUGGGGAAUAUUGAAUCAGCUGUGGAUUUGUGCCUAAAUGAUGGCAGAAUGGCUGACGCAAUUAUUUUAGCCAUGACAGGAGGAAAUGAGCUUCUUGCCAGGACACAAUAUCGAUAUUUCCAGCAAAGCAAAGGGCAGCUUGCUACUCUGAUAUCAGCUGUGGUGACGGAGGAUUGGAGUCAGGUUGUGAAGGCCUGUGAAGUUGACAGUUGGAAAGAAGCGCUGGCUGCCACACUAACCCAUGCCAAAAAUGAUGAAUUUCCUAUUCUUUGUGAGCAAUUGGGACAGCGGUUGGAGCAAGAGGGUCACGGACCUCAGCGAAUGAAUGCACAACUGUGUUACAUUUGUGCUGGCAGUGUGGGCCGCCUCGUUGAUUGCUGGAGUGAUUCGAUUAAGCCAGACUCUCCCAAUAAGAUGCAGGAUCUGGUUGAGCGUGUGAUGAUUUUGAGUAAAGCUGCAGAGUUUCAAGGUCAUAAUGUACAAAUAUCUGGAAGUCUGGCACAAUUUUUAUCACAAUAUGCAGGCAUUUUGGCUGCCCAAGGAAGUUUGAACGCAGCUGUUACUUACCUGGGCAAUUCGGAUGAGGAACAAGUCAAGCAGCUGAGAGAACGACUUCUCUGUGCACUUGGGCACCAAUCAGCAUACGCAAACCAUCUUCCACAGCAGUGCCAGCCUUCGCAGGUGCAGCAACAGCAACAGCAACAGCAACAGCAGCAGCAUGCGCAGAGCAGAGUGCAGCCAUCGAGCAGGAGGUCUUCAGCCUUCUACCCAGCGCCGGGAGCACAGCCAUCGCAGCACAACUAUGGAGGAGCUGCAUCUCAGCCACAGCCAGGAUACAGCCCCUUUCAGAUGAUGGGGCAGCAGACACACGUGAAGCCUGCGACACCAUCGUUCCCUGGCCAAGGUGUUCAGCAGCCUGGUGUCCCCAAGCCAUAUGCGCCUGCCCCCACACCUCCCAUCUCAUCACAGCCAUACAACCCACAGCCUUGUGUGAUCUCCACUGCAGGUUCAUUCAGGUCUUAUUCACCUGCUAACAUUUAUCAGAAGCCAUGGGAACAACCACAGAUGGUUGACAAGAUUCCAAAUGUGACACGGUGGACUGGAGGGGCCCCAAGCUCUCGUUCUCGACCGUACAUUCUCGACCCAUCUGUACAGUCAGGACCAGCCAUGGGACCUUACGGCACCAAUCCAUCUGUCGCACCCUUUUCUCCCACGCCUUCCGCUGCCCAAGUGCCAACUUCAGUAUAUCAGCCUCAAGCGGCAGUUUUCUCACAACAGCAACCGCAACAACCUAUAGGAGGAGUGCCUUACUCCCAGCCUGGUGCUGGAUACGGGGCUGGUGAACCUGCCCCUGCUCCUCCAAUGAUGCCACCAAACUUUGCUGCUAAUAAUGCACCGCCUGGUUGGAAUGACCCUCCUACACUUAAGGGCACAUCUAGAGCUCAGCUUCCUUACUAUGAUCUUAUGCCAAUGAAUGGAGGGUACUCAGAUCAGUCUGCUGCAUACAGUAACCUUCAACAACAACAACAGAUUCAUCAAUACAACCAGCAACAGCAACCCCUUCAACAACAUCAACAGCAACAACAACAGCCACCGCAGCAUUCCCCUGUUGUGAAGGCUGAGCCAGCCAAACCAAAGGGUCCUGUCCCAGAGGAGCACAUGUACCUGCAGACGGUGUUCAAUGAACUGCGUGAUCGCUGCAUGAAUGCUGCAACUAAUCCUCAAGCAAAAAGGAAACUUGAAGAUGUUGGGAGGAAGCUGGAGGUUUUGUAUGAUGCACUGAGAGAAAACAAGCUCUCUCCGAAUACGCUGUCUGCUCUGCAUCAAAUGGUGCAGUUGGUGCAAACAGGCAACUACACCAAUGGUCUCCAUUUGCACACACAACUUGUGUCUGGUCCAGACUUCUCCCAGAUAUCCAGUUUCAUGCCUGGACUCAAAGUUCUGCUUCAACUUGCUCUUCAACUCGGGGUUUACUUACAGUGAGAAAUAAAACAAAACAGAACAGUUUUGUAGUGACAUACAAGAGAUUGUGUCCAUCGUCAGAUAUUUCUUUUUUGGCCUAAAUUGUAGCUUGUUUUGUAUCACGAAGCAUAUUGCAAAUUACUUAAUGUGUACAGUAUUUGAUAUGUAAAUAGAACUUUUUAUUUUUAUGUGGAGUUAAACGGGAUAUACCAAACAAGAAAUCAGGAUUUUCCCGUGUAUAACUCCAGAAAAUAUAUGUAUGUAUUUAGAAAAUGUUACACAUAAUGCUUAAUCAUCAAUAUAGAUGCUAUUUAGGUUAAGCACUAAAACAUUCAUGAUAUUCAGGUAGUUGUUAUUUUGGAAGUACAUAGUACUUCAAUACAGGACCGAAUAUUUUAAUUUAAAGUACUAAAAUUGGAAAUGUUGGUGAAAGUUCCCACUUCAUGAAACGUGGAAUAAAUACUGAGGGAAGUGCUGAAACAAAUUGUGCAUUUCUCUGUUUAUUUUUGUAGGGUAGAUUGAGAUUGUCAUAUAUUUCUUGAGAGCUAAAACAAAUGAAUAUUUCAUGUUAUUUUUAUUUUGUUAUGUAAUAUUUCUUUUGUUUAUAAAGUUGUAUGUAUAAAUUAGAAUUCAGAUGCAUAUCUGUCUCAAGAAAGUGAUUAUCAAUGCUGUUUUUCUACAGCAGAAUUUGUGUGAUGUGUUAUAUCAAUAUUUAUUAUGAAAUUGAAAAACACUCUUGUAUACUUGUUCUGUGUAGUGCCUCCAAAGAAUGCCAUGUACAAAAAUCAUUUACAGAACCUAAUUUUCAACUAAAUGUUCAAAAAUUGUCAACUCAUGAUUGUUUGUAGUUAAAAUUUGAAUCCAAAAAUGCCAGAAAGUUGUUUUGAAUGUGUGCUUGUUAUUUUGCAUUGUUUGGAUAUUUUCUCAGAAAAUGAAGAAUAUAUUUUGUUUUAUCCAUGCCAAAAACUUUUUUUUCUGAAUAAGAACAUGUGGAACAUGCUUUUUAUUAUUUGUGCAGCUAUAAUAAAUGCAAAAGAAAGUGAUAGCCAAUUGUUUACAAAGUAAGAUACGUAUGGAAGAUGCUCUUGUAUGAUUUACACUAUGUUGCCUGUUACUGAUAUGUAUAGUACCAGAGUACCAUUGCCAAUGAUUUUGUACAUAAAAGGGAUGCAAACAAUAUUUGUAAUAUGGAUAGUACUGGUAUAAAUGCUUGCUGAUUUUAAUGUUUAGUGACAUUUUUAAUAAAAAUUAUGGUGCUGUCAGGAGAUGUGUGAUGUUUGUUAACAGAAUCAGGAUAUGUGAAUAAAAUGAUUUUUACCAAUUAGCA